CGAUAAGCUUACAGAGAGGCGCUUGAAACUCAAACUAGAUUUACUCAUACUGCCAAUACUCACUAUCGACUACUUCUUCGCGCAGCUCGACAGACAAGGCAUUGGAAACGCUAAAUUGCAGGGACUUCAGCAAGACGUCCUCGACGGCAGUUCAGCAGGUGGUUCAGACAAAUAUGGUACAAUAGUCAGCUUGUUUUUUGUUUCUUACAUUAUCACUCAGCCAUUUGGUGUUCUACUUUCGAAAAUGUUCAACAUGAAGUUUUUCAUUGGCAUAAAUGUCUUCCUAUUUGGACUUUGUGCAUCGUUAGAAGCUGCCACCUUCAACUUCAGCUCUUUGGCAGCAUGCCGAUGGUUCCUCGGUCACUUUGAAGCACUAUUCGGUCCUGUCGUCGUUUACUAUCUCACCUUAUUCUACACAAAAAAAGAAAUAGCAAUGCGAAUAUCAAUAUGGUUCGGUAUUGCAGCCAUUGCAGGUGCAUUCUCUGGCGCUAUAGCCUAUGGCGUCCAGACCAUUGAACAACCAGCUAUCAAACACUGGCAGAUUCUCUUCCUCAUCGAAGGUCUCCCAGCAUGUGUCUGCGGACUACUCACGAUGGUUCUUACACCAGAUCGACCCAAUAGCUCGUCAAUGUGGUUCAGCGAACAAGAGCGCUCAUUGAUCAUCACUCGGGUGGGCAAACCUGAUGCGACAGGAAGUGUUAACAGAAAGCAUGUAAUAUCGGCCCUUAUCGACUGGAAAGUCUACUGGGCGGGUGCGAUAUACUUCUGUUUGAACAAUGCACUCAGUUCAACGAGUGUUUAUUUGCCAGCUAUCGUCAAAUCGCUUGGCUACUCGAAUGCAAGUGCUCAAUUACAUGUAGUUCCACCAUAUGUCGUCGCAGCUGGCGUAACAAUCGGUGUUGCCCUACUAAGCGAUUACGUGCAGCUAAGAGGACCAUUCAUGGUGUUAGUUACAGCCAUCAGCGUUGCUGGAUAUGCAAUAUUGAUUGGAACGAACACUAAUGAAGCCAAAUAUGCGGGAGUGUUCCUCGUAGUUAUGGGUGUAUAUCCCUCUAUCGCCAUGAUCAAUGGCUGGCUAGUAGGCACGAAUCUCGGCUCAGAGACAAAAAAAGCGGCUGGAAUGGGGCUCUUUUAUGCAAUUGGACAGUGUGGUAGCAUUCUAGGUAGCAAAAUUUUCCCUGAUUCAGACGACUAUGUUAAGGGAUAUGCAAUAUCAUUAGCCUUGAUGGGUCUAGCAUGUCUUAUGUGCGCUCUUUUGACGUUGUAUUAUUAUCAGGAAAACAAAAGACGCGAUAGACUUUACGGAGAAGCAGACCCCGACAAAAUACUUGACCUUAGCGAAGAAGCUGAUAAGCAUCCAGCGUUUAGAUAUCUCUUGUAAUAAUAUUAUCCUAAUUUACCC